UUUCGCUUGUCACGGAACGUUUAGUGUUAGAGGAAAUUUCUGUAAUUUUAAUUAAAUUAUCACUCGUUAUUCAAAAUGUGUCCUUCUAAUUUUUGUUAUCUAUCUCAUUUUCCUACUUUCACAUUAUUUUCUAUCAAUAGAAUUUGAGAAAUGUUUGUUUGUGGCGUUUCUGUGAUCUUGUAAUUUCUUGUUGGUAUUUACGUAUUUCUUACGUUACAAAGGUGAAUUCUUCAUAAUGGACAAAGGUGUGACGUGUGAACAUCUAAACAAACUUGUUGAUCAUCUCGGAAAAGAGCUAUGGCAGUCGAGGGAGAAUCUACAAUGCUUCGACUGUGGAUGCCCAGGGCCAAACCUCUGGAUCUGUCUGCAACCUGACUGCCAUCAUGUUGGUUGCUGUGAAAUUAAAAAUGACCAUAGCACUAUACACCAAAGGAAUUUCAUAUCCCAUUGUGUUCAUAUGAAUGUGUCAAGUGAACGGAUAUGGUGUUACUUGUGCCAAAAGGAGGUCCACACCAGAGCUGCACUUGCACAUGCUAAUUUGGGUCCAGACUCGUCGGUAGUGGAAGAGAUGUCGGUGAGCACGCGACUGGGCUCGGUGGGGAUCAGCGUCAACUCGGACGAGGAUCUCGACCCGGAAGACAUGGACUACGAUGACGAGCAACGCCCUAGAGGGCUGGUGGGGCUACAGAACAUGGGCAACACGUGCUACAUGAACGCGGCGCUGCAAGCGCUGAGCAACACGCAGCCGCUGACGUCAUACUUCCUCGAGUGCGCCGCCGCCGUCGCUGUACUGGCGGGAGACAAGAAACCUGGCCUAAGUCGAGCAUACCAAAAACUAAUUAAAGAAAUGUGGAGUAGAAGGACGAGAGGCUACGUUGUACCUAAUGGUAUCCUUUAUGGGAUACGAAAUGUUCACCCGAUGUUCCGAGGCUACCAUCAGCAUGAUACACAGGAGUUCCUCAGGUGUUUCAUGGAUCAGCUUCACGAAGAGCUCAAAGAACCGGUGUGGGACAGCACAUCAGACGACAAGCUCACUUCGGAGGCUGGAGUAGAACAGAAUUCGCAAAAUAUACACAUACGACGGAGAGCUGCGUCUUCUGGAGCCAGUGACGCGCCAUAUUUCGCACGCAUGAGACGCAAAUCGCCCGCGACGUCGUCCUACAGCGAAGCGAGGACUGACGGAUAUUUGAGGGUGCAGUCGCCGUCGGAGGGAGUGUCGCGGCACCGGCGGUCGGCAAGCUUCGCCGGCACACAGUUCGCGUAUAACAUGGUCACGCAUCAGAUCAAUGGUAACACGGAAGCGACGCACCGCGACGUGGGCUCGGAGUCCGAAUUGUCUUGCUCCAGCGAGGCGGAGGAGCGCUACGAGACGUGCUCCAGCGGCGCCAGCGACGCGCCCGACCCGCGCCCGGAGCCCGCGCCCAGUAACACGUGGAUGGCGGGCGGCGGCGGCGACGGCAGCGGCGCGCGCUACCGCAGCAUCAUAUCCGACGUGUUCGACGGCAAGCUGCUCUCCUCCGUGCAGUGCCUCAUCUGUGAUAGGGUGUCAACGCGAGUGGAGACAUUCCAGGACCUGUCCCUCCCCAUCCCGUCGCGGGAGCACCUGGCGAUGCUGCGCUGCCAGCAGCCGCUGCUCAACCACCACGCGCCGCACGGAGCGCAGGAGUCCUGGAUCUGGUGGCUGCUGAGCUGGCUGCGGUCGUGGUUCUACGGGCCCAUCGUGUCUCUGCAGGACUGUCUCGCCGCUUUCUUCAGUGCUGAUGAACUCAAAGGAGAUAAUAUGUACAGUUGUUCCCGCUGCAACAAGCUAAGGAACGGCAUCAAGAUGUCAGGCGUGAUCCGGCUGCCCGAGGUGCUGUGCGUGCACCUCAAGCGCUUCCGGCACGAGCUCAUGUCCAGCGCCAAGGUCGCCGCGCGCGUCUCCUUCCCCAUCGUCGACCUCAACAUGGCGCCCUACACGCACAAAGAAUGCUCGUCGAAAGUGACUCGCUACUCGCUGUGCGCGGUGAUAUGCCACGCGGGCACGGCGGGCGGCGGGCACUACACGUGCAUGGCGAAGGCGCCCGACGGCCGCUGGUUCGCGUUCGACGACGCCGCCGUCACGCCGCUGCCGCCGCACCACCUGGCCACGUGCGAGGCCUACGUGCUGUUCUACAGAAAAGUAAAUCCCCAGAUGAGCGUACUGCGGCAGAAGGCGGCCGAGAUACUGGAGUCGGCCAGCUCGGAGCCCAACGAUAUCAAAUUUUACAUCUCCAAACUGUGGAUUAAUAAAUUCAACACAUGGGCGGAGCCGGGCCCCAUAGACAACAGCGACUUCGUGUGCGUGCACGGCGCCGUGCGGCCUGAGCGCGUGCCGUACCUGCCCGCGCUCGCCACGCGCCUGCCGCAACCGCUGUGGGACUUCCUGUACCACCAUUUCGGCGGCGGGCCGGCCGUGUCGCACGCGCACGAGUGCGAGGUGUGCUUGCGUGCGGCGCAGCGGCUGCGGGCGCGACGCGCGCGCGAGCUUGCUGCCUUCGCGGACCUGCACGCACAGUUUCAGGAGCAAGAGCGGCCGCAGGCCGUGUACGCGAUCAGCAUGGCGUGGUUCCGCCAGUGGCAGGCCUUCGUGCGCAACAAGGCGCGCCGCCCGCCGCCGCCCGUCGACAACCGCGCCAUCGUGCUCGAACAGGAAAUCGACGGCCAACGGAAUUACAUGUUGAAACCUGGCUCCGACCACGCGCAGCUCAGCGAGGAGCUGUGGAGGUUCUUCAUCGAUAUCUACGGUGGCGGGCCCGAGGUGCGGCUGAAAUCGCCCGCAGCCUCGCCCGUACCCACCCAGCCGGCCUUCACCAACACCAGACUGUCGGGGAAGUAUUCAGAGUCCGACAGAGAAGACUAUUGCAACAAAUCCACCUCGGAGAUGAACAUCAGAGACUCCAUACCGGGUUCCCUCCAGAAGAAUCAGUCUCUACAGAACAUUGACAGACGAUUCAAACCGACCAAAGCUGAUUCGGAUGAAGAAAUAACGUACAGACACUUCCAAUACAAAAGGCACGAGCCGAACGGCAAUUAUGACUCCGAUGAAGAAAUGGACAUCAGUCCAUCGCAGAGCUAUACGAACACAGUGAGAAUGGAGAACGGUAUAGACAGCUCGGACCACGAUGCCAACGACAACCAUCUGUACAUACGGGACAGGAGUCACACGGACACCGAAUUACCAAAUUUAGAUAGUAUAUCCCUCAAAAAUAAACCCUCAAAAGGGGGUAAAGUGAGAAAAAUUAAAAGACGGACAGUGAAAUGAUUCUUUCUGGCCUUCCAGUUUGUUCACAGGCUGAUGCAGCGGCCCGCUGGCCAGGCCGAACAUUCCUUAACCGGUGACUGGUGUUGAUAACAUUGCAUUUAUUGGGUUGUUGCUAACCUACGGACCUGUUCUUAUCGUGUAUGGAAAAUUUGAAUAUUUUUCUAUAGAUAUUAUAUCGUUGGGCCCCAUUCGCGUUUCGUGGUCACUUCAGAAAAACUGUAAGCUAACUGAAUAUGAAGGGUACCUAGACAAUUCACUGAUUGCAGUGCGCACGGGAUUUUUGACAAGACUUAACAGUAAAAUACUUCUAUGUAAAAUUUUAGAUAGGUAGUAAUUGUAUGUCUAUAUGAAGUGCACUGUCAGUUUGACAUCCGUAAAUGUCAGAUAACCAAACCAUAGAGUCAAGUAGCCUCAAUUUUAGUCCUAGUAUAUGUAAGGAUAAAAUCACAUGUAUGCUGAGAAUCCGUGACUUUAUAUUAAUAGAUUUGAUGAACGAAUGUUUUAAAAUGUUUCCUCACUCCCUAUCAACAUGUCUCGUGAAGAGAAAAAGACAUUGUCGACCAAUAGCGGGGCAGUUGCUUUCGUAUUAUGGCAACAAAAGAGAGAGCAAUAUUUUCUUGCUCCGCCAUUGGUCGAUAUUUGUCUUUUCUCUUCUCGACAUAUGUCUUAACGUCUUAGGCCUACAGGGAAUAUCUAAAUUAUUAAAUAUACAUACGGACUACUAAAUGUUGUUUAUCAUUUGAGGUACAAACUGAUAAGAUGUUAUCUCUUAAAUAAAGUCAAAACCUGCUUGAAAUAUUAUAAAAUUAAUUUCAACCCAGAACAGACAUUCUAGAAAUACCAAAAAAACUAUGAUAAUAGUAUUUAUUUAAUUUUCGCGCGUGUAAAUACUGCAACUGUAUUUUUUACAGUUUUCUUUUCUACUAUAAAAUAAUUCUAUCAAUAUUUAUUAUGAGACAUGUGCUAUAUUAUUUUAUAUAUUAUAUAUAUUUUUUUAUAUAAAAUUAGUAUGGAAUAUGCAUGUAAUUGGUAUUCACAACAAUAUUUUCUUAAUUUACUCAGUUUAAAUUUAAAUUAUUAAAUAAGUAAAAUCCUCUAGAAAAUCAAUAAUUAAUGAAGUAAUACUAUUGCUAUGGUUCCAUACGAUAUAUUACGUUAUUACCACAGAUUAAUCAAUAAUAUACAGAUGGAGCGUGUGGAACACGACGGUGUCGUAGCCGCUCCAAUUACGAAAUUCAAAAAGUAAUACAUUCUCAGUAUUUAAAUUAAUUAAUAUAAAUAAUAAGUCAUUUAAAUGUUUUAAAAACUUUUCACAAAAAUUUAAGAAAUGAGAUGGAGUAUUUUUAUUGGUUGAUUAUAAUAUUAAUUGACGCAGUUGUUGUGUAUUAAAUUUAAAGACUUAAUGCUUAAAGACUCACUUUUGUUAUUCUGUGGUUAUUAUAUCCACAUAAAUAAGUUCAAGACUAUACAGCAAGCUAAAAUAAAAUGAUGGUGUUUAAAAGAGGGUUUAUUUUGCAGAAAAUAAUAAUGUAUCUCAGAAUUUUACUUUCAUACUUGUGAAUUAAAAAUUAAAAUUGAAUAAAAAAAAUACAUGCAUAUUUCUUAUUAAUUAAUUAUACUAUUUAAAAUAUGUAGUAUAAAAAGUUCGAGCUACAUUCCGUAAAGGCUUGACAUAAAUGUUGUUUGAAUUCUCAUUUAAUUGUUGUUAUAAAAUAAUCUAAAACGAAAAAAUUAGAAGGUCAAAAAAAAGCUACAUGUUAGAAAUAUUUUGAUGGAAUAAAAUGUAGAUAAAUAAUGUAAAACUUAAAGUUGAUCGCACACUUGAUGGCUCCGCAUUUUUUAAUUAAUUUGAUACUGAUUUCUACUUUAAGUGUUUAUUUAAUUAUAUUUAUACAAUACAAAUAAAUAAAUAUUUAUAGUACAAAAAGUAGUAAAAAGUGUAUAAAAGAGUAUUAAAAAAAAUAUGGAAAUAAUAAAAUUACAUAUGUGAUGAUGUACGUUGAUAUAUUGUUACAAAUAGAUAUUUAUCUAUACUAAUAUUAUAAAGCUGAAGAGUUUGUUUGAUUGAACGCGCUAAUCUCAGGAAGUACUGGUACGAUUUGAAAAAUUCUUUCAGUGCUAGAUAGCCCAUUUAUCGAUUUAUCGAAGGCUGUAGGCUAUAUUAUCCCCGUAUUCCUACGGGAACGGGAACCACGCGGGUGAAACCGCGCACCAUCUACUAGUUUAUUAUAAAUGCAGAAGCAUGGCAAAUACAUAAACUUCAAGUAAUUUUAGAUUGAUUCUAACUCAUUUAUAUCUUUUAAAUUAGAUAACGUAAAUAGUUAUGACAUAACUACCUUUUGGAGACUUAUGGCUGGUUUCUCCAUCUGAUAAGUGAAAGGUAUUCUAACCAUAAGUUUUGUCACUUUCUUUAUGUCUAAUAACAAUGACAAAUUUAUCGAAAGAUGGAUUAAAAAUACUAAAAAGUGCGAUACAAACGAUAGUGUGCGAUCAGCUUACGGCACUAAUCGCCGUGUCAAUGUGAAUGGGGCCUUAACCUGCGGCCUGCUACCGCCCGGUGAGGUGUUAGUGAUUUAGUACAAUUUUAGUUCAAAUUCAGGUAUAUUAUGGUCUAAGAUCCGGCAUUAGAAAUAUAUACUCUCAUCUGUUAUUUGUUAGUUAUAAGAAAUAUAUGAUAGAUAAUGUUCACCAUGAGUCGUUGCAAAUAAAUUAAAUUACGGCCAAAUACAUUUUUCGUACAAAAUCUAAACCAUGAACUAGAUCAAAGGCAACUUAUUACGGUUAAAUUAAACAUAAAAUCUUAAUAGCCCAGUGGAUAUGACCUCUGGGUGUAGGUUCGACUCCAGUCUGGGGCAUGCACCUUCAACUUUUCAGUUGUGUGCAUUUUAAGAAAUUAAAUAUCACGUGUCUCAAACGGUGAAGGAAUAACAUCGUGAGGAAACCUGCAUACUAGAGAAUUUUCUUAAUUUUCUGCGUGUGUGAAGUCUGCCAUUCCGCUUUGGGCCAGCGUGGUGGACCUAACCCCUCUCAUUCUGAGAGGAGGCUCGAACUCAGCAGUGAGCCGAAUAUGGGUUGAUAAUGAUGAUGAUGAAGCAUAAAAUAAGCUUAAAUUUGACAUAUUAGACAACUAAUUAAGUGAUGAGGGUAUGUAAAUAACAUUAUUUAACUGUUUAUAUCUGGCAACCCCACAGUUGCAAUGUGAAAGCAGGCAACAUUUGCGUGUUCAAUUUAAUUAGUGUAAGAUUUUUAUUAAUUAUGCAAAGAGAGAAGCAGAUUAAAUAAAUUUAAUUUAAAAAAAAACAAUUAUUUUAAUAUUCAUCGGACGCAAUUAGGCAACAUAUUUGCAAUGUGACUAUUUUCUAUGUUUUAUUUUUAAUCCCAAUUAAAUAACAGAUGAGGGUAUAUAUUCCUAAUGCCGGAUCUCGUACCAAUAGUGAUAGGUACCUACUGACUAUUGCGUUGUUGGGAGGAACUGGGCUGCUUCAAAUCAAAACCUGCUCUGGACCCGAUAGAACCUUUUCUCAUUUUCACAUAAAUAGCGUCAUUGUUAUAAAAAAAAAAAUAAACCCCUUCAGAUAAUCUAACAGUUAAAGUAAUCCGCAUAGCUCCGCGGUUAAGCGGCUAGACACAAAUGCGAGAGGUUUAGGCUUUGUAGAACUACCCUCACUAUAAUGUUACUUUCUUAAAAAUAAAAUAAUGUUAAAGUUAACUUUUUGAGACCGAAAUAUGAAUACUGUGUGCUUAGUGGCAGUUUUCAAUGUAUUCAUACUGUGACUGUCGUAACCGUUAACGCGAAUUUCUAAGGAAUUGAAACAGCGCCAUCUAGUGACGCUACUGCACACUAGAUGGCGCUGUUUCAAUUCCUUAGUUGGUUACGCGAUCGUCACAGUAUCAAGCUCAUAGGCGUAUUUAAGGAAGGGGGCCGGAUAGGCCGUGCCCACCCUAGGAUUCUGGGCUACUGAUAUGGAUUUCUCUUAUGAUACUAAUAAUAGACUUGAUAUAGAUACGCCAAUGUUCAAGCUGCUACAAGGUUCACAGGUCUUCUUAUCGACCGAAAGUAAAACUUAUUUAGACAUGUUAAUAAUCUUACAUGUUAUGUAAUAUGUAGGUAAAUCAUGUUAAAUAAAAUAAAAAACUGCAAAUAAAGUAUGUAAGAAAAAUAGUUAUUGUAAAAUGUUUGUAUUUUUAUGUAAAAUAUUCACCAUAAAUAAGUCGUGUAACUCUGGCUACCAUGAGGCAUCUGUCUAUUUGGGCUGAAAAAGAUUUUAUAUUUUUGUUGGCCAAUAAGUUAUAGUCUGGCAAGUUCGUUAAUGACACUUAGAUGAUAUGCGGGCGACGGGGGGAAAGACUACGCGGGUGUGAAAUCGUGCGUGCGGGGAAGUGAGAGUCGUCGUGUUUUCAUUCAUCGCUACACGCCCCCCGGCCCGCGCGGAUCAUCGGGACUUACAAAAGUAGUUGUCAAUAGAGAAUUAUUUAUUAUAAUGGAAUAAGCCUAAUUAUUGUGUCUGUUUUAUCUUGGGGACUUCGACAAAUAUUUAAUAGAUAAAUAGAAAACGGUUUUGAAUUGGUGCAGCCGAUCUGUAUAUUUACAUAUAAAUGUAUAUCUGUCUAAAGCUUUAUGAUAUUGUGAAUUUGUGACCUAUUGUAAAGUUGUAUAAAAAAUGUAAUGUUUACAGUCUUGUAUUUCCACCUGCAUUUGUUCGUUUCACAUUUGUACCAUGGGUUAGGUAUUUAUUUUGUUAUUCCUGGUUCUAAGUCUAUGUGUUAUUUGUUAAUAAAUUGAUCAGCAAUUAAAAAUAUAUUUCAACAAA